GAUAACAAAUGUUAGUUAUCAGUAUCAGUACUGAAAGUAUUUGUCAUAAGAGUUUGAAAUUUUACUAAGUAGUAAUAAUUAAAAAAUAAAAGAUUAAUGGUCUAUUUAAGAAAUUAAAAACUCUGAGCAUUCAAUGAUUGAAGUAUUUUGUAUAUUUAUAAUAACACGUAAUUAUAAUUAAAAAAUAGAAAAUAAAAAUUAUGGAAGUUUGUGUGGAUAAUAUACAAUCGGCAAUAAAUGCUGCCAAUGGAGGUGCUCAAAGAUUAGAACUUUGUAGUGCUUUAAAUGAAGGUGGUUUAACUCCAUCUAUAGGAUUAUUAAAAACCAUAAAAUCAAUUAUCUCACUUCCUGUUUUUGUUAUGCUUAGACCAAGGAGUGGUUAUGACUUUCAAAUAUCAGAAAUUGAAUUAAAAAUAGUCUUAGAAGAUUUAAAUAUGCUUAAAGAAGCAGGAGCUGAUGGUUUUGUUUUUGGUGCUUUAACUGCUAAUGGGUUUAUAGAUAAAAAAGUUUGUUCUUCAGUCAUUUCAUCUGCUACACCACUGCCUGUAACUUUUCAUAGAGCAUUUGAUGUAGCGGUUGGUGAUCCUAUACUAAUGGCUCAAGAAAUAGCUAAUCUCGGUUUUACGCGUUUAUUAACAAGUGGAAGGCAUUCAAAUGCUUUUGAAGGUAUUAACCUUAUUAAAAGACUUGUUAGGGAAACAGAAAAUAAGCUUAUUAUAGUACCAGGAGCAGGAAUUAAUACAAAAAAUCUUGAAACCAUAUUGAAUGAAACAUUAUGCUAUGAAUUUCAUGGAUCAGCAAAAUCUUUAAAAUACAUUCCCACUAAAUGUAUAGAUCCAGAAAACAAACUCAAUGAAAUGUAUGAAACAAACUUUAAUAUUGUUCAAGCCUUAUGUAAAAUUUUUAUGGAAUAUUUAAAUAAAACUAUUUCAAAGGUUAGUUAAAACUGAUGUAUUAGUCAAAUAACUGAUUUUAAAUAAUAAUGUAUUUUCAAAAAGUAAGUAAUGAAUUUAUUUAUUAAAAAAUUAACUUAUUUUUAAAUAUUCUAUAUGAGUUGUGAUUACAUAAUCUUAAAUGAAUUAUUUAAAUUAUGUAAGUCCAAUAUUUAGUUGUAUAAUUAUAACUAAUUUAAUAUUAAGAGACAAUCUUUUUUCUUUAUAUUUAUAGUUUGAAUUAAAGCUUAUAAUUUUGG